ACAACACCAAAACUGGAUUUUAUCAUUUUCUUAAAUCUGUUCAUCCUUUUGACUUCCGAUGAUUACCGUAUUUGUAUUGUAUAAGCUCAUAGUUUAUAUUUUUUUUGUAAGAAUCCACGACGCUCUCGCGGAUCUGCAUGGGUAUGCAAGUGCUCGAGUGCCCGAUAUGCAACCAUGAGCAACGUGAACGAGCCAGCAGCUGCCUCGAGCAGCGAGUGCAGCGACCCUCCAAUCUUCCCACAACAACGUCGUCCUGUCAUUCGCUGUCAUCCCGUCCGAGCCGUCAAGUAUGAAUGUCGUCAGCGCGACGAGAAACUCCUUCAAGAACUGACGAGCCAACUGGAUGCUGGGCUGCUCUACCUGGAUCCUUACUUGAAAUUACGUCUGGGAUCGCAUAAUUCAUAUGUGGAUGCUGUGCUGCGAACCAUUUUGUGCUCGAUUCCGUUGGUGCAGUCCGAUACGACCGUUGCACUGCAGCAACAGCGCUUGUAUUUACUGGAUAAAAAUGGGAAACGAUUAUCAAUGCUCCGGAAAGUCCUUUAUUUGAUUUUGGCCGUUUACCUGCCCGCCCUCCGCGGCUGGAUACGGAGAUUCUGGCCCACCGUGUGGCAGCUGUGCUGUACUCCACUAGUGCAGACCUUGGUUUCCGGUGCCAGUUUGCUGAAUUUCCUGGGUUUUAUGGCUACCGGUGCGUAUCCGACAUUGGCUGAUCGCAUUGCCGGUGUUAGCAUUCUCCAGCCUGUUUCGAAACAUAGUUCCUGUCUGCCAACUCCGCGGCACAUUCGAUGGGAACUUUACGGGGUCGCCUUCAUUUCCGCUUUACGUGUCCUGCGCUGGCGUCAAUUAUUGCUCAUCCUGCGCUGCGUACUGCGCUCCUGUCUGCCGCCGACCUGGGCCCGGCGGAUGGGGCCGGAAGUCCCCGCCGGAAACUGCCCGGUGUGCCGAUUGUCCGUGAAUUAUCCCUGUCGGAUGCAGUGCGGCCAUUCCGUCUGCUAUUACUGCAUGGAGGUCAGUUGCCCACAGCAGAUUUAUGACCUCCUGCCGUUUACCGAAGAUGUUCUGGUCUUUUUGCCCGUGUUGUGUCAAGUUUACACGUUUUAAAUCCGAACACCACGAUGGAGCGUCCAAGGAUCUGAUGACGGGCUAAAAUAACUGUUACCGGUUUUUGCCGGUUAAUUAUCAAUGCAUUACCGCUUUACUGUAUUUCCUAAAGCUUCAUGCUGUGAAUUCUGUGAUAGCGUGACUCCAAAGAUUGGGUCGGGUGUUGACUGUUGUUUGUUAUAUUCCACGGAUAUUCAUUUUGCUUUGUCAUUUCGGUAAUUGUCGAGACGUGAGACACAGACUUUGGUAAAAAUUGUGAAAAUUGACAUUUUGCUGUAUCAGUUGAGUGAAGUGACGCACCUCACAAAUUUGUUGUUUGCUUUGAGUUGUCAGAUACCUACCGGCUACCGUUACAGUCUAAAAAACUACAACUAUCGUAGAUUAGUGGUUGGGUAAAGAGAACGAGGAAU